GCGGGGCGCGCUCAGGCCUCCGCUCCUCACCAGCCGCAUUCGUAGCCUCAGAGCCCGCGCCGCGGGAAGCCCUGGAGGCGAGUGCGGUGCGCGAGCCGAGGCAGCAGCCGGAGGAGGAGCCGCGGGCGCCGAGAUCCCAAAGCCAUCUUUCAUCAUGUUUUUUCUGAAGAGAAGAUGAAUUCCCUGUGUGGGAAGUAACUUGACCAAGUUACUGAGCUGGUCAGUACAAUAGCAGAAACUGGGACCAGGAGCUCCUGACUGCCCACCUGGUGCUUUUUCCCCUCAUCAUCUUUCCUAUUUCUCCACUGCAGUAAAAGUUUCUCUGUCAUUCACAGAAAAAUGGAUCAUUUAAACCUUUGGAGGACUCAGUUAUCAUAAUACUUCUAUACCACCAACUAAGAUUUAAGACAGUAAAUUUUUGACAGUAAAUUUCUACAUGUAGAACUGUUGAAGAACUAAAAGAGGAUAUUCUUUGAUAAAAAUAAUUCUGUAGUAUCAUGAUACUACUAAAUAAAACUAAAAGGCACAAUUAUUUAGUUAUUAGAUUUGUUAAUACAAGCACACAUGUGCAGUAGCUACUGUAUCCUAAUAGUUAUCAAACCUCAAAUUUAGAUGGUUUCCCUUCUUGGAAAGAGUCAUUAUAUUUGCAAGAAACCACUGAGUGUUGUCAUUAAAUACAGUUCCAGAUAAGUGCCAUUUAGGAGAAUUUUCUUGAAAUAAGUUCUAGAAAGUUCCAAGUUCCACCACUAAGUGGAUUUGGUAUUAUGGCAGCAACUUACAGACUUGUGGUUAGCACUGUGAACCACUACAGCAGUGUGGUGAUAGACCGGCGUUUUGAGCAAGCUAUACAUUAUUGCACUGGAACCUGCCACACCUUCACACAUGGAGUUGACUGCAUUGUGGUACAUCAUAGUGUUUGUGCAGACCUCUUGCAUAUCCCUGUGUCUCCGUUCAAAGAUGCAGAUCUGAACUCUAUGUUUCUACCCCACGAAAAUGGGCUUUCCUCAGCUGAAGGUGACUAUCCCCAUCAGGCCCUCACAGGCAUACCCAGGGUCAAGAAAGGAUCUACAUUUCAGAAUACCUGUAACUUAAAGGACAUUGCAGGAGAAGCGAUCAGUUUUGCCAGUGGGAAAAUAAAAGAAUUUUCCCUUGAAAAACUCAAAAACUCUAACCAUGCAGCUUACAGAAAGGGAAGAAAAGUUAAAUCUGACUCAUUUAAUAGGAGGUCAGUUGAUUUUGACUUGCUCUGUGGCCAUUAUAACAAUGAUGGAAACUCCCCAUCUUUUGGUUUACUACGGAGUUCCUCAGUUGAGGAAAAAUCUUUGUCCCAUAGAAACUCACUUGAUACAAACCUGACUUCCAUGCUUCUUCAAAACUUCUCUGAAGAAGAUCUGGUUACUCAGAUUUUGGAAAAACAUAAAAUAGAUAAUUUUUCUUCUGGGACAGAUAUAAAGAUAUGCUUGGACAUCUUGCUGAAAUGCUCUGAGGAUUUGAAAAAAUGCACAGACAUUAUAAAACAAUGCAUAAAGAAAAAGUCAGGAAGUAGCAUCAAUGAAGGAAGUGGUAAUGAUGCAGUUUCUAGCUCUGAAACUGUCUAUAUGAAUGUAAUGACUAGGUUAGCAUCCUAUCUGAAAAAGUUACCUUUUGAAUUCAUGAAAUCUGGGAAUAAUGAGGCUAUAGAUUUAACAGAACUGGUCACUAAUAUGCCUAGUCUACAACUGACUCCUUUCUCACCAAUAUUUGGCAAUGAACAGCCCCCUAAAUAUGAAGAUGUUGUUCAGCUCUCAGCUCCUGCCUCUGGACAGUUUGAGACUAUUGAACUGCAAGAUGACAAGCAAAAUUCUAGGAAAAUGGACACUGUAAAAUCCAUUCCAAACAAUUCCCCAAAUUCCUUGUAUAACUUAAAGGUAAAUGAUCCCAGAACUCUAAAACCUGUCCAGCUUCAAUCACAGUCCUUAACCAUGAAUCCUUUAGAAAAUGUUUCUUCUGGUGACUUAAUGGAAACUCUUUAUAUUGAAGAAGAGUCAGAUGAAAAGAAAGCAUUAGAUAAAGGACAAAGGACAGAGAAUGGACCCAGUCAGGAGUUGUUAAAGAUAAAUGAACAUAGAACAGAAUUUUCAGAACAUGAUACUCAUCUUAAAAAAUGUCCAGCCUCCAUGCAAAAUGAAAUUGGUAACAUAUUUGAGAAGCCAUUUGUUCAUCUAUCUAAGGAAGACUGUAAAUCAAAAGGUCCUAAAGUUGAAAGGGGAGGCCAGAGAGAUUUUAUGAAGUCUAACAGCCAGGAAGAGAUAGAUAAAUUAUUAAUGGAUUUGGAAUCUUUUUCACAGAAGAUGGAAACUUCUCUAAGAGAGCCACUAGCCAAGAGUAAAAACUCUAAUUCUCUAAAUAGUCAUAGUCCGUUGACUGGUCAGACCUCCAUAGAUCUUGAAUCUAAAUCUAAAGUCUCUUUACCCAUGGAAAAAGUCUCACCUUCCUGUCUAACAAGGAUUAUUGAAACCAAUGGACAUAAAAUAGAGGAGGAGGAUCGAGCCCUCUUACUGCGAAUUCUGGAAAGCAUUGAAGACUUUGCUCAGGAAUUAGUUGAAUGCAAAUCAGGCAGAGGGAGCCUAUCACAAGAAAAGGAAAUGAUGCAAAUUCUACAGGAAACCUUAACAACUUCCUCCCAGGCCGAUUUAUCAGGCUGUAGAAGUCCUGUUGGUGAUAAAGCCAAAGAUACUACUUCCAUGGUUUUGAUUCAGCAGACUCCAGAAGUGAUCAAGAUUCAAAAUAAACCAGAAAAGAAACCUGGAACACCGCUUCCACCUCCAGCCACCUUGCCAAGUAGUCCCAGACCUCCCUCUCCUGUUCUUCAUGUGAAUAAUGUUGUGAACACACCAUUGUCCAUAAACAUUCCACAGUUCUACUUUCCUGAAGGACUCCCAGAUACCUGCAGUAACCAUGAACAGACUCUAAGCAGAAUUGAAACUGCUUUCAUGGAUAUUGAAGAUCAGAAAGCAGACAUUUAUGAAAUGGGGAAAAUUGCAAAGGUCUCUGGCUGUCCUCUCUAUUGGAAAGCCCCCAUGUUCAGGGCUGCAGGGGGAGAGAAGACAGGAUUUGUGUCAGCACAGUCAUUCAUUGCCAUGUGGAAAAAAUUGGUGAAUAACCAUCAUGAUGAUGCCUCUAAAUUCAUCUGUCUUCUAGCAAAGCCCAGCUGUAGCUCUCUAGAACAGGAGGAUUUCAUCCCUUUACUUCAGGAUGUGGUGGAUACACACCCUGGUCUUACGUUCCUGAAAGAUGCUCCAGAAUUCCACUCCCGCUACAUCACCACGGUUAUUCAGAGAAUAUUCUACACAGUCAACAGAUCUUGGAGUGGAAAAAUUACUUCGACAGAGAUAAGAAAAAGCAACUUUUUGCAAACUCUAGCCCUUUUGGAAGAAGAAGAAGAUAUAAACCAAAUCACAGAUUACUUCUCCUAUGAACAUUUCUAUGUUAUUUAUUGUAAAUUCUGGGAACUAGAUAGUGAUCACGACCUUUACAUCAGCCAGGCUGAUCUAUCUCGAUACAAUGACCAGGCUUCAUCAAACAGAAUUAUUGAAAGAAUAUUCUCUGGAGCAGUAACAAGGGGAAAAACAGUACAGAAAGAGGGAAGAAUGAGCUAUGCAGAUUUUGUUUGGUUUUUGAUCUCUGAGGAAGACAAAAGGAACCCUACCAGCAUUGAGUAUUGGUUCCGCUGCAUGGACGUGGAUGGAGAUGGUGUACUCUCCAUGUACGAGCUGGAGUACUUCUACGAGGAACAGUGUGAACGGAUGGAGGCCAUGGGCAUCGAGCCCUUGCCAUUCCAUGAUUUAUUGUGCCAGAUGCUUGACUUGGUGAAGCCAGCCAGUGAUGGCAAAAUAACCCUAAGAGAUCUGAAGAGGUGCAGAAUGGCUCACAUCUUCUACGACACUUUCUUUAAUCUGGAGAAAUACUUAGACCAUGAACAAAGGGAUCCCUUUGCCGUCCAGAAGGAUGUUGAAAACGAGGGGCCUGAGCCCUCUGACUGGGACCGGUUUGCUGCUGAGGAGUAUGAGACUCUUGUCGCAGAGGAAUCUGCACAAGCACAGUUCCAAGAAGGCUCGUUUGAAGAUUAUGAAACGGAUGAACCUGCCUCUCCCUCUGAAUUUGGAAACAAAGGCAAUAAAAUAGUAAGCUCAAGCCUUACAGAGAAAUGUGGAAAGCUUCAGUCAGUGAAUGAAGAAUAGCUGCCAAUGUCUACAUGAAAGGAAGAUUUGUAUUUUAAAUGUUUUUUUCUUGUGAAGAGAUGUUCUAGUUUGCAUACUGUGUUUCAAAGGCUUUGAUUUCUCCAAAUGUGUAUCUGCACUAGGAACUUUAAAAUGCUUUCAUGCAAUAGGUCUGGAUACACACUCAACUUAGGAGAUGCCUCCAGUUUGCCUCAAACCUCUUAGAGAGCUUUUCCUCAGAAGUGAAUAUAAUGAGGUACCAUCAUCUUCCAAAGUCUGCGAAUAAGCACUCUAUACCCCUGAAUGUACCAAGGAUCUCUUGGGACAGAGUUCUCUGCACAGAGCAGAAGUUGCCUCAGUGUUGGCCAGCAUCCCUGAGGCUCCUCAGGGGCUCCUAUGGAGCCUAGAAGAAACCUUCACUUCCAGAAAACUUGAGUCAAAAAAUUCUGGAACUUGAAAAAGCAGUAAGAGCCUCCAGAAUUGACUUAGCCCUAGUAAUAAAAGCACUGCCAAAACAUCUCAGAGACUUCUUUUAAUUAUAUGUGUACUGGAGUUCAGAAAUCUUGAACUUACCUGGUUUAAUGUAAUUUCACAAUGACCUGCCAAACUGCUAGUCACUUUACAUCCUCAGGUAUUUUAACCACUGGGCCUUCCAACUUUGCUGACAAGCUCUGGCAACUUCCCUAUCCUGACUGUGGAUCUUACAUAAAAUCUCAAGAAAAAACGUUUUCAGUGAAGACAAGUACAGAAUUUGACUCUUACUUGAAAAAAGUCCUUUCAACUUAUCUAACAUUUGUUCAAUUAACUAUUGAAUGAUUUAUUAAUCUUCAAAUUAGUUGAUGCCUCAUCUUCACUUCCUGUCAGGCCUACUUGAAGACUUAAAGGAAUAAUGAUGUAUGAAAAUUCUUACCAGAUUGUUUUCUUCACUGAAUAUUAGACUAGGCUAAUAGUAAAGGCGUCAAUCUAAACACUAUUCUUUACUUCAUGUUGAAAAAGAACUACUAUUCCAGAUUAUUACCAUCCACCUCAAUAUUUAUCUUAGAAAUGGAAGAAAACAGUGAUACACUCAUAAAAGAAAACUAUUUACUAUAGUUCACAUGUUUGUUACAGAAUCCUACAUUUUUCAGCAGGCCACAGUGCAGCCAAAUCCUACAAUAUCCUUGGAAGAAACCAUUACAAAGGAUGGAUAGUUGAUAUAAUUUCUAAUAUAAGUAAAAUAAUUUGAUAUAAGUAAAAGAAAUGCCCCAAAUAACUUUUUAAUAUCCUUCUCUGCCAAAGUCAUAAACUUUUCCACUGGAUUUUUUUUUAACCACAGUCCUAAAAGUGUUAGACUACUUUCCCUUUCCACCCCACCCUUACUGGUAUAAAGGCCAAGCAUUAAAAUAAUCAAACCUGGGGGGCUAUGAUAGGCAAAAAGUGGAGGAAAGGAGAAUUUUAGGAGAUAUACCAUCAACCAGUACAGUGAAACAGUAAUUCUAGCAAUCCUGCCUUUCACAAGCUCCUCACAGUUUUGUUGUUUUAUCUUCAUGAUUAGAACUGAUCUUCUAUUUAUUUGUUACAGACUAUUACAAUAGUCCACACAAAAGAAUCAAAAGCUUAAAAGUGACUAAAUUUUUAGCAAACACUACAUGGAGUAACUUAAACACACAGGAAUAAACUGUUAGGACUUCAAUCACUUAUAUGGUAACAUGAAAUUUACUACAGAUCCCAUCUGGCCUUUACCAGGGAAGGAAAGCAAUUCUUUUUAUUUCAUAUAGAAAUACAAGAAAGGUAAUACUUUUUUUAGAAGCCAGAUAUGGUUUAAAGGUUUUAUUAUCCAUAAUGAUCCAAACUAUUUCUAAGAUUCAUCAAAAAGUAAAAAUAAAAUUCAGUUUUACAAUAUAUUUUUUUCCUAGGUGGCUUUACUUUUUUACCUUGUUUCUCCUUACUGAAGUCCUCUUUCACUUUGAUCAAUAUUUGGUUUUUGAAGUCUAAUCUGUUAUAAAAGUACAGCCAUCAAUACCAUUCAAGAUAAACUAUUUUAACAGGUUACCCAAAUUUAGCACAUUUUCAGGAAUUACAAGAAUGUGUUUCAGUGUACUCCUUUCUUACAGCUAAAUGCAAGAAAUGUGAAUUCUGAGGAACUAGGAUAGAAUAUAUUUGGCUUUCCAGUGAAGAUCAUGGUAAAUAUAAUCAUUACUGCCAAACUGGAUAUUUCAAGUUGUUACAAUAUCCCAGGCCCCUUGAUAAAAGAUAAGUUGAGGGUUAUCCUGAUCUUAAUUCUAUUCCGUGAAGUAUGAGUUUCAUAGCAUAACAUUAAUUGCCAAGGUAAUCAAACUAAUAAAAUUCCAUAUAUUUUCCCUGUAUCUUUGUCACUGUGCACCAAAGUGUUUAUAAAACUCUAGAUUAAUCAAAUGAGGUAAGUCAUUUGCUCAGCUUUUGGAAAUGUUAAGGUGUGUUUUGAGUGGAAAAGGCUGCAUGACUUAAUUUUUGUUUUUGUUUUUCCCUUUUUGCAAAACUAAAUAAAGUUAUCAAAUAUGAA